AGAGAGAGAGAGAGGAGGGAAGGGGGAGGCUCCAUAUUCGCUCACCUACCUCCUCCAAAGCCACAGGAAGGAGGGGCCAGAGUCAAAGCUGCCAAUCAAAUCUGCUUGUGGCAGCCGGCAUUAUCUCAGCAACAAACUAUUGACAGAUUACAUGUCAAGGAGUUUAGUGCAUGAUUGAAGGAAGCCCCCUUUUUUUGUUAUAGUCACUUUUUCGCUUUAUCUUCCUCUCCGCUGAGCAACAUUUGAAUGACUUUCCGCCAGAGUUGAGUAGUAUUAUGAAAGUUACAUGUCUGAGAGGAUUUAACUUCGACUUCCCUGAAUAUGCUGAAAGGAGUUUAUGCACUGAAACGACCUCAGGAAAACCCAAGAUGGCCGCCAAAAGGAAAGGUGGCCUAAAACUCAAUGCUAUCUGUGCCAAGCUAAGCCGCCAAGUUGUGUUCGACGGCAGCUCGCAAAACGCAGAGGGAGACCAGAGCUUAGCUGAAAACAGCGAGCGGGGCAGUUCCCACUACGAUGACAACGAGGCCAACUUCUGCGAGAGCCUGAGCCUGAGUCAGAGCCUAGAGGAGGACCAGAAGAGACGCGAGGCCAUCGAAAAGUGGGUGAACGGCGAGUAUGGCGACGAGCCUCCGGCGCCAGAUGGUGGCGAUGAGCACGAGCGUGACCUCCUAGACGGCGACGAUGAAGGCGCUCCUCCCGAAGGCGUCUACAUGGUCCAGCCCAAAGGUUGCAGUGACGACGAGGAUAAUGACGGCGAGGAGGUGGAGCCAUCUCAGGAUGGCAGUUACCACGACGACAAAGAUGCUGACGACGGGCCUUCCAAGCCUGACGCAUACGUCCCUCCGAGCGAAGCCCCGAGUCGCCAAGCACCUUUCUCCUCUCCAGGAGAAUCAUCUGCUCUCCGAGACUAUGCAGCCAACACAAUGAAUGAGUUUUUGGGAAUGUUUGGCUACGACGACCAUCAUAUGCGCGAUGAGCUCAACAAGAAGCUCUGCUUUGAGAAGAUCAAGGCUGCUACCUCAGACUCUUCAUCCCUCAACAGCGAAGAGGCCUCUCGGCGAGCCCGCUUCUCCAAGUAUGAAGAGUACAUCCGUAAGCUAAAAGCUGGUGAGGCCCUGCCUUGGCCCAUGCAUGCUUCCCCACCCAAACCAGAUGACCUCAACUCAAAAAUGUCCCAAGAGAAAAGUCCUACGAUGCUCCAGACCCCCGGGGUCCUCCCUUCGGCUGAGGCUCAGAUCUACCCCACUAGCUUGGAUCACAAGCCGCAAGGAGGGGCUGCACUGGCUGCUGCACAGCCAUCUAAUCCCACUCACUUGCAGAACAUGGCCUCCCGGGCCUCGAAGUAUGACUUCUUUAUUCAGAAACUAAAAUUAGGUGAGAGUAUACAGCCCAAUGGUAACGCUUUUAAACGACCCUCCAAAUAUGACCUGGACAAUGUCAAGUUUCUGAAUCUUUUUAAACCGGGUGAUGGCAGCCCCGACAUGGGCGGGGCCAUUGCCUUUAAGACUGGGAAAGGUGGUCGCCCUUCCAAGUACGACAUCAGAACAAUCCAGAAGCUGAUGCCGGGAAAUCCUGAUGGCUCACUGAUGCCCAACAUACUUGCGACGGCACCAGGGAACCCUGGAGCACCUGGUGUCCCCACCAUUGGCACAGCUGGUGCCAGCAUUGCACCAGGACUCACUGUGGAUCAGACGGGCCAUAUAAGCUUCACCACUUCUGACUACAUGAAGUCCAGCUUCUCCAAGACUGACUCAAUCACCACUGGCACUGUUUCCUCCGUUAAGAAUGGCCUGCCACCAGAUAAACCUGCCAGCGACGACGUCAACCUCUACCAGAAAUACAUCGCCAGGUUUUCUGGAAGUCAACACUGUGGCCAUGUGCACUGUGCCUACCAGUAUAGGGAGCACUACCACUGCAUGGAUCCUGAGUGUAACUACCAGAGGUUUACCAGUAAGCAGGAUGUGAUCAGGCACUACAACAUGCACAAGAAGAGGGAUAACUCCCUGCAGCAUGGUUUCAUGCGCUUUAGCCCUCUGGAUGACUGCAGCGUCUACUACCAUGGCUGCCACCUCAAUGGCAAAAGCACUCAUUACCACUGCAUGCAGGUGGGCUGUAGCAAGGUGUACACCAGUACCUCAGAUGUCAUGACUCACGAAAACUUCCACAAAAAGAACGCCCAGCUGAUCAACGAUGGUUUCCAGAGGUUCCGUGCGACUGAGGACUGUGGCACAGUCGGGUGCCAGUUUUACGGGCAGAAGACGACGCACUUCCACUGCAGGCGACCAGGCUGCACUUUCACCUUCAAGAACAAGUGUGAUAUCGAGAAGCACAAGAGCUACCACAUCAAGGAUGACGCCUAUGCCAAAGAUGGCUUCAAGAAGUUCUACAAGUAUGAAGAGUGCAAGUAUGAGGGCUGCGUGUACAGCAAAGCUACCAACCACUUCCACUGCAUCCGCUCUGGCUGUGGGUUCACCUUCACCUCCACCAGCCAGAUGACCUCCCACAAGCGCAAACACGAGCGCCGGCACAUUCGCUCCUCUGGCGUCAUGGGCCUCUCCUCCACUUUCCUGGCUCCAAAAGACGAGCCGGAAGAAUCGAGUAAUGAUGACUUAAUGGACUUCUCGGCCAUCAGCAGCAAGAAUUCGAGUCUGAGUGCCUCGCCCACUACCCAGCAGUCCACCACUGUAUCCCACCUCAUGGCCACACCCACUACUGCUGUCUCCUCCUCUCCAUCGGUGGGCCUCACCCUCAAGCCUACGCCCUCGCUGCCCAGUGUGGGCCAGCGUAUGUCUAACCUACUGUCCCAGGCCCUGCCCAGCAACAUGCCAGUGGCACUCUCUCUGUCCAACAGCACCAUGGCCGCUUCCAGCCCUUUCUACCCACUCAUACCCAGGUUGCCUCUCCAACCACCUCCACAUGCUGCUGGCCUGUUAUCAGCUGUCUCAUCCGGGGCCCAUUCUAUGCCCACCGACUCGCUGACCCAAGGCUGCUCUACAGCGGGGGCGGACGGAGCCAUGGCUUCUACCCCGACCUCCUUCUCCAGCUCCUCCAUUAUGGAGAAGAUUUCAGCCAGCAAAGGUCUGAUAUCACCGAUGAUGGCUAGAUUGGCUGCUGCUGCUCUGAAGCCUGCCAACGGUCCAGAUGCAGGGAGUGGGCAGCCGGUCUCAGUCAGCCAGUUCAAUCUGGCUCAAGUGAAGCAGGAACCAGCGGAAGCCACCGCAGGGGCCUCACAGGAGUCUACGCAGGAGCACAGUCUGGACCUCAGCAAGAAAGACAACAGUAAUGAAUCAAAUGGACAUGCUGUACCAGGGAAUGCAUCUCUUUUAUCCUCGCUUAUGAAUAAGAUGUCACAGGUGAACCCUGCACUCUUUAAUGCAAUGCACCUGAAGACAGAGAUGGAGGCUGGCCAAGGCAGCGAUACAACAGAGGCACCUCAGUACCUGAACCAAGUUCUGAAGAGGCCCCUGGCAGACAAACCCAGUGAAAUCUGGAGGACUUACCUCCGCAGAUUUGACACAGAUGACUUCUGCGAGGCUCAGUGUGACUUCCUCCAGAAAGUGCACUUUCACUGUCUGGUAGAGGACUGCGGUGCUCUCUUUAGUACGGUGGACGGGGCCAUAAAACAUGCAAAUUUCCACCUCCGAGCCACUAUGAAAGUGAAGUCAGAGCCUCCGUUCAGUGAGGGCAAGGUGUCCGGCGAAGGCGGCCCUCUGCGGCCCGCCGCCCCUGUCUCAGUGGCUAACAACCCUUCUGUGGAUGUGGCGAGCCUCCCCUCCUCUGGUGGCUACAGCUCGCCACCUCCCUCGCUGCUGGCCUGGAAGCAGCUCACCGGCAGCAUCCCUCAGAUGCCCGCCUCCAUGCCCAACCUGCCAGCCAACUCCCCUCUGGCUACCACCUCACUAGAGAAUGCCAAGCCCCAAGUGAAACCUGGUUUUCUGCAGUUCCAGGAAAAUGAUCCCUGUUUGGCAACAGACUGCAAGUACUCAAACAAGUUCCACUUCCACUGUUUGUUCGGGAAUUGCAAGUACGUGUGCAAGACCUCCGGCAAAGCCGAGUCCCACUGUUUGGACCACAUCAACCCCAACAACAACCUGGUCAAUGUCCGUGACCAGUUUUCCUACUACUCCCUUCAGUGUCUGUGUCCCAACCAGCACUGUGAAUUUCGAAUGCGGGGCCACUAUCACUGUCUGCGGCCGGGCUGCUACUUCGUCACCAACAUCACCACCAAGCUGCCGUGGCACAUUAAGAAGCACGAGAAAGCUGAGCGCCGCGCCGCCAAUGGCUUCAAAUAUUUCACCAAGAGGGAAGAAUGCGGACGGCUAGGUUGUAAAUAUAACCAAGUCAACAGCCACUUUCACUGUAUCCGCGAAGGCUGCCUGUUCUCCUUCCUGCUCAAGCACCAGAUGACCUCACACGCGCGCAAACACAUGAGGCGGAUGCUGGGGAAGAACUUUGAUCGUGUCCCAUCCCAGGUUAUCCCACUGAGCCAGAGGGGUGAUGAGAUGCAUCAUGGCUCUAGCAUGGUGUCGGGUGCUAUGGCUGCUCACCCCGAUAUCUACUCCUCCGCCACUGUGGACGAGGCUGACGAUUACGUAGACUACAUGGGAGGAGGGGGCAGCCCGCUUGGCAUCUCUUCCGAAUCCUCCAAUCAAGACCGUAGCUGCACUAGCACCCCCGUGGGCAAUGAUGGCUCCCCAGGAGGACAAGGCUGCCCCACCACUACCACCUCUGCUCCCACCACCCCUGCUGACACUAGUCAAACCGCUCCUCCUUCCUCACCUCCUCCUGCUCCUCUUCCACCUCCGCCACUUCCACCUCCUCCUUCAGUUCCUCAAGCUGGCCUCCCGGCCCAGGCUACAUCACUGUCUCCCGCUCUCCUCCGACCACCUCUGCCCUCGCUCCCAUACCUCCUCUCUCCAUCCUGUCUGUCAUACUCUCUGCUCAGCGCCUCUCUGGGAGCCACUCUGAGUGUUGUCAUGCCAACCAACACACCAGCUUACAGCCCCAUCAUUGCCACUCCGUCGCCAGUUAAAAAUGACGUCCCAAUAGUACAGGACGCUGCAGGAAACACCAUCUCCAUCCCCACGGCCGCCGGAGCCAAGAAGCGCUUCUGGAUCAUCGAGGACAUGUCCCCGUUCGGCAAGCGCCGCAAGACAGCCUCCUCACGUAAGAUGCUGGAUGAGGGGAUGAUGCUGGAGGGCUUCCGCCGCUACGACCUGUACGAGAACUGUAAAGACUCAGGCUGCCAGUUCUCCCUGAAGGUGACCCACUACCACUGCACCCGCGAGAACUGUGGCUAUAAGUUCUGCGGCCGCACCCACAUGUACAAGCACGCCCAGCACCACGACCGUGUGGACAACCUGGUUCUCGACGACUUCAAGAGGUUCAAGUCCACACUAAGCUGCAACUUCCUGGACUGUCAGUUCUCUGGCAAUAGUACCCACUUCCACUGCCUGCGCUGCGGCUUCCGUUGCACCGACAGCACGAAGGUGACAGCACACCGCAAGCACCACGGCAAGCAGGACGUGAUCAGCGCCGCCGGCUUCUGUCAGUUCAGCUCAAGUGUGGACUGCGAGGUUCCCGACUGCAAAUACAAGCUCAAAUGCUCCCACUUCCACUGCACCUUUCCUGAAUGUAAGCACACGGUGGUGGGGAUGUCCCAGAUGGACUCCCACAAGCGCAAGCACGAGAAGCAGGAGCGGGGCGAGCUGCCGUCCGUGUCGCCCAAACAGGACGCCGUGCCUCACCUGGCCUCCUCCGCGGGCCCUCAGGCCUCCAUGGCUCUGAACGCAUCCCGUGGACUGACCCGCCCCAGCGGCAACAGCAGCACCCCCUCCAUGACCUACUCGACCGGCGUCGGCUUAGAGUACCACCACCCGUACCCGCCGUCCUCUAUCAGCCUGGAUGGCUCCCUCAACCUGGGCACAGACACCAGCAGCUCUCUUUUCUUCCUCAAGAACGCCACUGGGCUAGGUCUCAACGACUCGCUGGACCUGAGCAAGAAGAUUCACCAGGAGGCGGUGCGACGCACACCCGGUCACAACACGUCGCUGGGCAUGCUGGCAGCUCAUGACGACACCACUGGAACAUCCGGGGAGGCCGAAGAUGAUCUGUCGCCUGAGGAGGAGGCACGGGCUGAGGAUGAAGACGAAGAAGAGGAGGAUGACGAUGACGACGACGAUGUGGAGGAGGAGCUCAACACUGACUCAAAUGACGAUUCGGUGGCAGAGCCAGAAGAGGAGAAGGACAACGGGGAGAGUUACGAUGCUUCCGUUAACACUGACACUUCCCAACUGGAAAAACAAGAUGGUGACCCGUGAAGGAAAAGACUGCGGAAGCGACCCGAUGUACGAUGAACAAACGAUAACGAAAGAGAUCGCAUUCAUCAUGUUUAGAGGUUGUCACAUGACAACAAAAACACAACAGCAGCGGGUAGAUCAGAAGGAAUAAUAACGGCCGAAAAAUGAUUUAUGAUGAUGUUUACAAGAUGACCAACAUUAUUAAUUCAAUUAUGCAUUAAAAAUUAUGAACGAAGACACACGGAAUCUAGCCCCGGUUUACGCGCGGGAGCAGAAAUGUAAAGCAUUUUACUACACAUCAGUCUUUUUGUGUGCGUGCAUGUUUGACUUUAAUUUAUUCUUAUUCUUAUUUUUCACGUUUUUGUGUGGGGAAAAAAAAACAUCAAAUGUCUCUCUCUAUAUAUAUAGACGUGUCCGAUGAUAGAAAAGGAACAUUGUGGGCCCACGUCACAUGAACUGCGGGGCCAAGCACACGUUUAAAAAAAAAAAAAAAAGAAAGAAAAAAAAAAAGGGAAGUGAAUCACUAAGGAGGAACCGGAUGUGUUCAAGCGUUUAGAUUUUUUUUUCUGUAUUACGUAUAAAUAUUAUUAUCACAACAGAAUACCGAGAGAGAGGGGUCACACUUCUCUCACUCUCUCUAAGACGUUGGACUUCUUCAGAGGAGGCGAGGGAGCGACCCGUCUGGUUGGUCCAGGAGGCAGCUGAGCUCAGCCUCGCCCAUGCUGACAUUCUGCUUGAAAAGGCACCAAAUGAGCAGCCUGUGUAAUUUAACCCCCCCAACCCUAACCCAUCCUCCUACCCACUCAUGAUCAACCACCAUCUUUGGUGGAGGAAAUCUACUCUGUGUGUGGAUAGUGCACUUUUAUACUAGCUGACCAUGACGCAAAUACAAUGGCGGUGGAUGACUCAUGUUUAUUUUUGUUACCAUUUACAUUACGGUGUUGUUUUGUUGCUGUCAGUGAGAAGCAUAUCAAACUAUAAAGGUGAAUUCAUGGAGCUGUAUGAUGGCAGGGGGAAGGGGGGGCCAAGAGUUGAUUAGAUGUAGUAUGUUAGAGGAAGGGAGGGAGGGGAGCGCAUCAGGUAGUCUAUUUAAUGUUGGAAAAAUGUACAGACCGAAAACUGCCUCAAAUGGCGUACUAUUUCCUUGCUUUUUUUUUUUUCCUCCCCCGUUCACUGUCGUGGCUGUAACGGCCGAGCUCCGAUUUGUAAUGCUCUUUAUUUAAUAUUUAUGUGAACUUCCAAAAAUGAGAAUUUUUAGGGUGUUGUUGCACUUUUUAGUUUCAUUUUAACCAUCUGGGGAUUACAAAAAAAUAAUUAUAUAUAUGAUAUAUAACUUUUUACAGGGAAUUUGCUUUAAAAGAUUGUUGUUUUAGUUCACUUUGCUUUAAUGCACAAAUAGAUGUUCGUGUGACAAAAAUGUUUUGUGAUUUUAUUUAACAAAAAAAAAAACAAGCUGUUUUGGUUUUUUGCUUUUUUUGAUGGGAAACUUUGUUAACAAGAAAAUGAGCAUGCCAGAUAAAUGGCAUGCUUGCAAGAAACACUAAUACGGACUGUGAUUUUAUGUUUUAAACUUCAUGGCGAUGCUCUUAUUGUAGUGCUAAAUUAUGAAUCUGUCACUCUGGUUUAUACUGAGCAAAUGUGUACGACUGAGGAGCAGACACACUGGUUAUAAAUGAUCUCCUGAGCUUGGCAUUGGAAAUAAAUAUCCAUUAUAUAGGGCAUAAUGAUGUGCGUAGAUGAUUUUCCUCCAGAUAUUGUUUUGAGAAGAAAAAAAGAGGUUGUACAGUAUUUCCCUCUGUAAAAAAAUGAACAAAAUGCUCUUUGAGGAAGUUUUAAAAAAAGAAAACCAUAAGAAGGAAAAAAGUCAAUAAUAAAAAGAAUACCAAUAACAUCAUAGUUUUCGUGUGUGUGUGUGUGUGUGUGUGUGCGUGACAUUUCUAAAUUAUGAAAUGUUCAGAAUUAUUCCCAAACAGAACAUCAGCUGCUUCCACUAUUAAGCAUUUUUACAAUGUCAAAGCUCAAACUCACUGAUUAGAAUGUGUCUGCUUCAUUUAAUGUGUUUAAUUAAUUUGUCAUUUCUGUGUGUGCGUUGUUUUGUUUCCCUCAUUCAUUGAAUUUUUGUUUUUUUAGUUUCUAUUUGUAGUUUGCUGUGGGCAUGGCUCGUUCACAGACUGUCUCCCGGGACUCUCUCGCAAAGCAAGAGAUCUUCCUAGAUUUGUUUUUGCAUAUUUUUUGUUGUUGUUUGUUUUUCCUUUUGUUGACAACUGUAGGAGCUGGGAGACAAUAAUCACUUGAAUUUAGUUUCUACGUGUGUAUGUGUGUGGCUGUAAAAUUGCAGAAUUUGUAAAAAGUUGGAAAUAAAGAAAAUAUAAUUAUAAUGACAAUA